UGGAAAACAAAGUUUCAUAUCGAGAGACGAAACCCCAUUACAAAGCAAUAAUAGCGAAGCUAGUGUCAAGACACAUAUUUCUGCGGAUAAUGGUCUCAGUCAAUAUUUACCACAGGCUAUAUCGGAUCAUACUGAUGAUAAGAUCACCCCUAUACCUGAGGAAUCAGUAAUUCGAAGCUAUGCCUUACUACCAGAAGUCGAUACCGAGAUUAUUCCCAAGGUAAGUGAUGAUGAAAUUAAUAAAGAUAUGGACAAAGUUCCAUGCCACAGUGGUGACGCCUUCGGCUUGCAAAGCAAUAAUAUGCUAGAUGCGUGGAUAAAACCUGAUGCAUUAUCAAUUACACCAGAGAAUGUGACCUCACAUUUUGCACGAUGGGAAAAUAAUAUACCCGCAGAGCCUAAAUCACAUCCUCAGAUUUCGGUUGGAGGGAUAGAAGCUAUUCCUGAUAAAGCAGGGAUGAGAUUUCGCGGUGGCCAUAAGUUUAAGAAAUCAGAUAUCAUUACUCUUGAACUGGAGCCUUCUAAUACAUAUGAUAAGAAUGCGAUAAAAGUUAUGGUGGAUGGUACCCAUAAAGCCUAUGUGGCAAUGAAUGAGAAUGUAAGUAUAGGAGAUUUGAUGAAAAAAUACCCGAAUUAUCAGAUCACCGCUCAUGGGAAAAAGAACUAUAAUCAAUCAGCAUCUUUGAAUCUUGAAUAUCCUUGGAUG